AGUCCAGAAUGUCUGACAACCUAACUGAAGCCCAACAGAGCACCUUGAUUCACGAGAGCAUGAAAAAGAUGAUCUCUUUUGCUAAAGAAGACAUUGAAUCAUUCAUUCAAACAGGUCCCCUUGGAGAUGAAAGGCCUAGACGAGCUGUUUUGCUCUUCAAUGACCGAGUGUACUGCAGUACUCUUGACAAGCAUGCCGAGCAAAUUGCUCUUGAUUCCAUUGGUGAAAAAAUUGAAGGCAUUAAAAAUAUACUCAUGUUCAUUAAUUACUCCCCCUGUCACAUAUGUUCUUCCAGAAUAUUAGAUAUAGUGCAAAAUCAUCCUGAUAUAAAAAUUGAAAUUAAAUUUGCCAAGGUUUUUCAAAUACAAGAAAUAGAAAAUAGACAAGGGUUGAAAGAAUUAAGGAAGCAUGGAGUCACUUUAAAAGCAAUAGAGGGCCAGGACUGGAAAAGCAUUGUUGGAAAGUUUCUUGAGCAUUAUGGGAGGUUUUAUUGGAAGGUGUUAUUGAAAAGAAUUCUAGACAAACAUUGGGAAUCUGGACAGGAAAAGGUACUCCAAGAAAUUUUGGAAUGCCAUCAGGGGGAUUACAAGACAGCCAAAAUGAUGCAAACUUUCAUUCAACACUGGGAGUGUGGAUUUAAGAACGUCUUUAGCACAGUCUUCCUGGAUGACAUGGAGGACAGAUGGAAAGCUAAAUUAGAACAGAUUCUCAAAGAUAACUGGAGUGAUAAAGUAACGUUACUGCAAAAGAUUUGCAAGCACCAUGGGAAAGACAAAUGGGAAAGCGUACUGUUUCUGAUCCUCAAACAUGAAGGGAACCACGACUGGAGAACUGCACUGAGAAAAAUAGUAGAAACUCAGUUAAAUAUGAAGGCACCAAGAUUGAGGUACAGUCAAAAUUUUAAUCCAAAUACCAGAGAAAUGAUCGAAUAUGUUAAUUAUCGACAGGUACAGGCAUGGGAAAGGUUGGGUGGGAUUCUCUCUCACCAUCUGCAAGACAGUAAGAUAAAGACUUUAACGAAUAUUCUUAGAACGUAUGGCCAGUAUCAUCUGGGAAUACUGGUUUUGAAUAUGUCCGAAGAAAACAGACAAGGUUAUGUUUGGUUGAAACUAGUACUCAAAGCGGUGGGUAUCAGAAAUGCAGCGCAAUGGUCAGGACGGCGCAUUAUUGCAGAUUUUCAUGCAGCACAAGAACUAGACCAAUGUUAUCAAUAGAUGCUCAUUAGUAACCUCAGAAGCCAUGAUUCUUUGAACAUAACUGUGAUAUUUCACAUAAGUGGGUUAUACUUAAUGGUUAUUUUAAAACCGGAUAUAUGGCACCAGUAAAUGUCAAUGUUUAAACUCAACUAUGGAUGUAGUUUCAUUUCGUGAAUGCAUGAGAAUGGGGAAAAACCAGCAGCACAGUGGGAAUGUUUCUGGUUGCAGGAAGAGAGCUUAUCGGAAAAUUCACAUAGAAGUAUUUGUGAAGAAGUGACAAGGUUCACUUGGAAAGGGAGGCGUGGCUAAAAGGGUAACACAACAACUCUAUGGCAGUGAUUAAACUGAUGAGCAGGAUGGUUUAAUGAAGAAACUGUCUGUUUAUUAUACCCAGAUAAUUAGAAAACAGGGGGUGGUGACUUGCAAUUGGCCAGGAUACUGUAGCAAUCUUGGGGAAACUGUGAUUUGUGAACGGAGUGGUGGAGCUGAAACCAGUGAUGAAGUCUUGGAAAUAUAUGGAACUGGAAACCGUGGUGAAUGGGGAAUAAACAGAAAUAAAUACUAAUAAAUUAACUGGAAUGCACGUACAUGUGCCCACAAGACGACAACAUAAUUGUACAUGUAACAUUGCAACACUUGUCCCCUAUUAAGGCUAAGGUUUGUACUCUAAACUCCUCUAUUUUACACACUAACACAAGAAUCACCAUAUGAUCUUAUACUAUAAACACUAAAGAACAUAUGGCUGUACUCACAAUUGUCAGUAACGCACGGUAAGGGCAAAUUUGGAGGUAUUCUGGUUGGAAAUGUGCUUGGUAAACCUGACUUUAGAAUGGAAUGUACGGUGCGAGAAUGAACAAACUACUGAGGGCGCCCUACCAACUAUUGCGCGGUCAGUCGACAGUAAGGGACGUUCUUACAGUAUUUGCUUCCAUUCUUUUAUAUAUUUUUCUCUGUCUCUUUUGGAGGGGGAUGGUUCAAAAGUGGCUAAUGGGGGAUGAGGUGGGUGGCAAUCAGUGGUGUAGUGAAGGCGUUUUCGUUAGGUGUGCAGAAACAUGCAGAAUUAUUCUCAGUGUUUCAAUAAAACUUAUCCUCCAGCCAUAAAUUAUUGAUUACCUGGGCAAAUUUUGCUGAUUGGGAACUCACUUGCAACGGAAAAUUCAGAAUUUCCAAUAUUGGAAAUAUUGAGGCUGCUCUGAAAUAUUGUGUUUUCUGGGAAAAUGCUUCGAUUUUCUCACUGCUAAAUUUGAGUUUUUAGGACAUAUUAUUGCUUUCUGAGGGCUUAUUUGUUUGGUGUACAACAGGAAUCUGAAUUCUUGGGUUUUUGCAUAACUCCAAAGGGAAUUUGAUAUAUUUUAAAGUAUUAAUAAUUUCAUAUUUUAACGCUUGCUUGCCUUCUUGAUCAAACUAUCCAGAUAGUCUUACAUUUUGUUUUUCAUUUACAGAGUAGUAAACCUAAGUAAGCUUAUGCAAUUAGAUCAAAUUUCCCAUCAGAACACAUGUAAUUUCAUGCCUUUUACUAGCAGUACAUGCGCGCAUUUCAAGAUUUGGCAGUUACUUAUGAAAUAUACUUGAAUAAAAAAUAACAAAAUGUAAAAAGUGUUGACUGUAGCAUGUUACACAUUUUCAUGCUAAAAUUGUUUGGUGAAUGGUUACAGGUUCUUUUGAAACAGAAAUAUUUACAGUUUAAACGGAUGUAUUUCAUUCAGACUUUUCUUUUUGAGUUUUAUGUCGACAUAAUGUUAGAAGACAGCAACCAAACUGUUUCACUGGAAUCUCUGUGAAACGAUUGAACAUUUCAAAUCAGUAACCAGCUUUCAAACCAAAAGCUAGUAGAAGACAGCAACCAAACUGUUUCACUGGAAUCUCUGUGAAACGAUUGAACAUUUCAAAUCAGUAACCAGCUUUCAAACCAAAAGCUAGUUCUCUUUUCCAACAGCAAGAUCUCAUUCUCUCUUACUAGUUUUUAAUGUAUUUUGUACUGAGGUUAGAUAUAAAUUAUUUUAGGUAUUUACAUUGUUUAUAUUCAGUUUUCACAUAGUUAAAGGAAUUACAAAUUUUAACUGUAUUUGUAUAUCUUUGUAAUUGUAAUGUAGCUGUUUUAGUACUAAUUCUGUAAGCGAACAUUUUAGUUACCCGGGUAGAAUGUAAUGAAGAUUCUUGACAUAACUUAUUAUUGUUGAGUUAUUGCUUUGAAGUCUCAAACACGUCUGGUUACUCUGGUUAGGUGUUAUGAUAACAUGCUCCAGGUUUCUGCUGCUUCAAACAAAUUGCCUGGACAACCCACUACUCUGGAAUUUAAAUACCAAGGUAUCUGCAAUCUAACCCAUCCUGGCAACAAUUUCUGUGAGAACAUGAGAAUGUUGCAAGAGUAGUAAAACACAUCAGCAUAAUGGACGCUUCAUAUGAGGGUUGUUAGCAAACUGUAAUUUUAGCCUUCAUCGAACUCGAAAUGGAAAAGAAACACAUUGGUAACAUUUUGCUUUACAAUAUAUAAUGCUGCUGAAAUUUUUCUGUAAAAUGUCCUAUUAGUCAUUAACAUCCAGUGUCUAAACCAUAAAUUCCUUUAAAAAUCUGAAGACAACAUGAAUAGUCCUUCAAA